GGAUUCAUUCUGCUGGAAUUUAAAAAAUCAAAUUGUAACGAGCAGUCGGUAAUAAAGAUGAGCUACGUCAAUGACAAUGAGAAGCCAUCUUGGUUUUCUGUAUGCGAGGUCUAGACGAGUGUUUGUCGUUCGGUGAAGUCAGUUGGCGUUAAUUAUGUCCUCGUUCUCGGGAAUGGACUAGCCGCAAUCUUUAUAUCAAGUCAACACAAAACGGGGACGAGAGCAGCGUGCUGCAGAAAGUGUGCCGAGUUCCCUAACCAACUGCUGCAUUACGUUAUUACUAGCCAGCUACGCACAUUCCAGGGCUGCAAUCAACAAUCAUGAAUGCCUCAGAACAUGGGUUUAACCCAGCCUUUAACAUGGCCUCCAUUAAGCAGGCCAUCAACGAGGCGGUAGAAAGAGUCUCAACAGUGAGAAUGCCAGCACCAACGCGUUUGCGGGAUCUCAUAAGACAAAUCAGAGCAGCGCGGACUGCCGCCGAGGAACGCACCGUCGUCAACAAGGAGUGUGCUUACAUCCGGUCGACCUUCCGGGAAGAGGACAGCGUCUGGAGAUGCAGAAACAUCGCCAAGCUACUCUAUAUUCACAUGCUGGGCUACCCAGCGCACUUUGGUCAACUAGAAUGUUUGAAGUUAAUCGCCUCACCCAGGUUUACCGACAAGCGCAUCGGCUAUCUGGGCGCUAUGUUACUUCUCGAUGAACGACAGGAUGUUCAUUUAUUGAUUACCAAUUGCUUAAAGAACGACCUGAAUAGCUCAACGCAAUUCGUCAUCGGAUUGGCACUCUGCACCCUGGGGGCUAUUGCUUCUCCGGAGAUGGCGAGAGACUUAGCCUCUGAAGUAGAAAGACUAAUGAAGUCACAGAACGCGUAUAUCCGAAAAAAGGCAGCCCUGUGCGCCUUUAGGAUUAUACGACGUGUCCCGGAACUCAUGGAGAUGUUCCUUCCAGCCACUAGGAGUCUCCUCACUGAAAAGAAUCAUGGGGUCCUUAUCACUGGCGUAACACUUAUCACUGAAAUGUGCGAGAACAGUGUAGAUACUCUGAAUCAUUUCAAAAAGGAAUGCGGCCACCGAGAGAUAGUACCUAACCUGGUCAGGAUCUUGAAGAAUUUGAUCCUUGCUGGAUAUUCACCAGAGCACGACGUAUCCGGCGUUUCCGAUCCUUUUCUCCAGGUGAAAAUCUUGCGUCUUCUAAGAAUCCUGGGACGCAAUGACGUCGACGCCUCCGAAGCCAUGAAUGAUAUUCUUGCGCAAGUUGCUACGAAUACGGAGACAAGUAAAAACGUAGGGAACACGAUACUCUACGAGACUGUACUCUCCAUCAUGGAUAUCAAAUCCGAAAGUGGCCUCAGAGUACUAGCUGUCAAUAUACUUGGUAGAUUUUUAUUAAACAAUGACAAAAAUAUCCGUUACGUCGCACUCAAUACUUUGUUGAAGACCGUGUACGUGGAUACCAGCGCUGUUCAAAGACACCGAUCUACAAUUCUUGAAUGUUUGAAAGAUCCGGAUGUUUCGAUACGAAGACGAGCAAUGGAGUUGAGUUUUGCUCUGGUCAACACUAACAAUAUCAGGAACAUGAUGAAGGAGUUGUUACUAUUCCUGGAACGUGCUGAUCCAGAAUUCAAGGCUCAGUGUAGCAGUAACAUUGUCAUGUCUGCCGAAAGAUUUGCACCGAAUAAACGUUGGCACUUGGAAACACUUUUCAAAGUACUUGUAGCCGCUGGUAAUUAUGUGAGGGAUGACGUCGUAGCGUGUACUAUUCAACUCAUCUCUGAGACACAGGCUCAACAGGGAUAUGCAGUUGGUGCAUUAUGGCGUGCACUAGAACGUGAUACUUCUGAUAAGCAACCCUUAGCUCAAGUAGCCACUUGGUGCAUUGGGGAAUACGGUGAUUUAUUAUUAUACGGACCACCUUCGGAAGAUGCUGAUGCUCCGAUCGAUUUAACGGAAGACGAGGUAAUUGACGUAUAUCAAAGGUUACUGUGGAGUCCUCAGAAUACAGUAGUAACCAAGCAGUACACUUUGCUAUCCUUGACGAAAUUGAGUACGCGUUUCCAACAAGGCAAUGAUAUGACACAUUCUUUUUACAGAAAAAUACGCCAGAUCGUCGAUACGUUUGGGAGCAAUUUGCAUAUCGAGCUGCAGCAACGUGGUGUAGAAUUUUCACAGUUGUUCCGCAAAUAUGAACACUUGAGGCCUGCGUUGUUGGAGAGAAUGCCGCCAAUGGAAACUGCCAGACCGCAGGCGAAUGGUAUCAUAGGAAUGGUCAAUGGGGAAUCUGAACUCGAAGAGGAAAAAUCUGUCGGUUUGGAGCCAAUACUAAGUGCUGCCCCAUCCGAUUCUAGCGCACUUCUCGACCUGCUGGGAAGCACAGAUUUGGAAACCCCAGCACCUUCUUCUACGAUUGGAAAUGCACCAGUGAAUGCUUCUCCGUCGAUAGUCAUUGAUAAUAAUGAUCUUUUGGAUUUACUUGGAGGUUUAGAUUUGAGUACGCCUGCGACAUCUUCGAUACCGACUUCUACGUCGACUUCUACUAUAGGGCAACCACCCUCUACGCAGAUCUUCUCGCCUAUGGAUACAUCCAACUUCCUCGUGGAUGGUCUUCUUGACUCUGCCCCAGUGCAUAAUGAAAUACCAAGUCUAAUAAUCUUCGAUAAAGCUGGGCUGAAAAUAACAUUCAAGUUAGAGAGACCACCCGACACUCCUGAUUUAUUAUUGAUCAACAUGUCCGCACAGAAUACCGGACCUGCGCAAUUGACCGAAUUUCUAUUUCAAGCGGCAGUUCCUAAGACAUUCCAAUUACAAAUGCUUUCACCAUCCAGCACUGUUAUUCCACCAUCCGGUCAAGUGACUCAAGUAUUGAGAGUGACGAACAUCAACAAAGCAUCAUUGAGAAUGAGACUGCGCAUCUCUUAUACCGGGAUGUCGGGACCGGUUCUGGAACAGGCGGAAGUGAAUAAUUUCCCUGCACUCGCAUGGCAGUGACAGCAUACUAUACAAAAACUGAUUGUAUAUAUACCUGCCUAACGAUUGAGCACCUCUCUCAAGGGUAAACGCCCGGUCGCCUCAUCUUCUUCGCGAAUUGUCGCGUCGCUCGAGUGAGAUAGAGCAUACCAAGAAAUAGGAAUAUCGAGAAGGAUAAUAAACAAAAGAGGUGGUUAGUGAUGCGGGAUUAAUAGAGAAAACAUUAAAAUGAUAAGUGUGAAAGAUUAUGGAAUGAAAGAAAGUAUAAGAACAAGGUAAGAGUCUCGAUCGGCCCACUUGUGUAUGUAACAUAGGAUAAAACAGUUACAAAUUAAAGUAACAAGUGUGCAACAAUUACAAAGAUCAUUGUUUUCAUAAAUUCGCGAUGAAGAAAUGUUGGAAAAUAAUUGUUUUUUCUUUUC